AAAGCACCUCACCGCUUCUUCAUUUCUUAACUUACAAGGCGAGGAGUCCGAGUAGGACUCAUGCACUGUAGUAAAGGUGUGUUAAUAUGCCCCGGUCUUCCCCUGUCAAUCGCAGCGUAAGAAAAUACCAUUCACAGUGAAGAUGCCUCUGAAUCGGACGAGCCGUCUCCUCUAUGCUUGAGCCCUCUUGUGAUUCUAGCGGGUGGGGAUGUGUGUUAAUUGGUCAACAGGUGGUGGGGAUGGCUAGGGUUAGGAACUGGUGGAGUCGUGCAAAGACUGUGGCUGGCAUCCAUCUCUUCUCUGCCUCUCUCUUUCUCUUCCUAUUCCGUAUGGCCCUUCGGAACUCCUCCCUCAAUUCCUCUUCUCCGUCUUCAGAGUAAAAGUAACUUUGGAAAAGACUUGCAAUAGAUGCUUCAAUAUCAAAUGAGAAGGAAAGGUCAAAGUUGUAUGAUAAAAUGGAAAAAGAUUUGGACGAGCACGGAGCAGUCUUCCUUAAACAAGGUGAAACUUCUCAGUCACUGUCCCUUUCUGAUAUCUUCACCAUAACGGAUGGAUCUGUGAGACCUAUUCUUAAGACAGCAAAUCCUCCUGUACGAGCUAAUGUUUUGUAUUUGAGCCCUGAAUAUUCAGUGCAUAUAUUGGAGGCUGUGAGGGGCAUAUUUUCUCCUUACUUUGAAAAUGUGAUCUGGUACCAGAACUCCAGUUUGUACCAUUUUAGCAUGUUCCAUGCCUCACAUCAUAUUUCGCCUGUUCCUGCCACGGAAGAUGAGAUUGAAGCUGAAGCAAGUGCUGUUAAAUCUGUUGUUGGUGAUAUGUGCCCUUUGAAAAUUGUUUUAGAUAGAGUAGUUCUGACAUCAACUGGAGUGCUUCUAGGGUGCUGGCAGGUUGUCUCUGGGACAGAUCCCGUAACAAUUCGUGCUAAAUUGAGAAGUGUCCUUCCACGUGCACCAGAAAAGCAACUUUAUAAUGCUGCUAUGCUUCACACAUCAUUCGCAAGGUUUAUUGGUCAGCCCCAAAAUUUUCCAAUGGAGCAGCAUAAAACGGUAGAUCAAGUUCAUUUCCUCCAUAAGCUAGUCACUUGCCUAAACAAUCAAAUCCGUGGCUUUGAGGCCAUGGUUUCGGAGCUGUGGUAUGUAGAGGAAUACGAUGUGUUGGCUCUUGCAUUGAAUGGAAGAAUGAAGGUCCGCAGGUACCAACUGGGCUGCUCAAAAGCCUGAGGGUCUCAAAUUUCAUGGAACCAGGCUAUUUUGCUUCUCUUCCUCUCAAUGGUCAUUGGGCUGGCUUGCAACAUUGGCCAGUCUCUGACCAUAAAGGCAGGCUUGCUACAAUGUCCAGUUGAGUUAAAGCUUUUCUCCUUGUACUCACAUUUCUUGUUCCAUAGUCUUCGGUUUCUGCAUAUAGAGUAGCACUAUAAUGAAAUUCUGAUUUCCCCAUGGUUGGGGUUUAAUCAAGCGUGUAUAAUUUCAAUUAUCACAGUUUUGAUAAUUUUUUAAUGAAGGGGGGAAAUGGUUUCUAUUC